AUGAUCCUCAAAAGCCACGGGUGGCCUUCUCUUCCGAUUGCACAGGGUUCUAAUGGUGUGGAUAAAUUCAGGCAGCAAGCUGCAGCAGGGCCCGAUCGUUCAUUACAAUCGUAA